AUGUCCUCGUGUCCUUCUGGUUUAACUCUGAGCGAAGCAUGUCUUUCAUCUUCCAAUGACACUGACAGCGAUUCGGAUUAUGACUCCCUAUUCGAUGGCAAUGGUGAUUUCGAUGAGCCUCCGAGUAGUCGUUCCACUACGGAUAUCGAAGAUGUGGUCCAAAAGCACCAUCCAGCAUCGCGAUCUGCACCUCCUAUACCUGGCUUGUACCUCGAUCCGACAGUAUUGAUACCAUCUGAUAUCGCGAACCGAUUGUGGACGGCAUGCAUGGGAAUGUACUUCAAAGAUGGAACCGUCAAUCAAAUCAUGCUCUUUGAACGAGCUAGAUCUGCGAAACUGGAGGGCGAGCCAAUCAACCGCUUACCUCCCAUUCUGCUGGAGCUUCUUGAUACGCUGGAAAAGCUGUUGAAAGAUGUCGUUCCUCCGGAUGUUCACGCGCUUCUUUUCCCGUCAACCGAUGAAAGUGGUCAAGCUCGACAAGUGAUUCUGAAUCACUACAGACCCGGCGAAGGGAUCACUCCUCAUGUUGACUUGCUAAAGCGUUAUGGAGAUGGGAUUAUCGAACCGUUUGAGAUACCUCCGGAAUCCCAUGCCGUAUAUCUACCAGAGCGGAGCGUUAUUGUCUUGACGGAAGAAGCAAGGUACACCUGGACACACGGGAUUUCGAAACGCGUUGAGGACGAAGUCGAGAGUCUUGAUGGGUGUUUGUCGGAGAGCCUACCUCGGGGUGAACGACUUAGUAUCACUUAUCGAUGGCUACUUCCUGGAGCAGACGUUGUCGGUGCAUAG